CUGUGCGAGACACUCGGCUCUGAUAUUCGCAGCCUUUAGCUGGUGUGUUUCUGCUGAUGGCUAGAAGUGUAAACAUAACAUGACAGCCACCGUGUUGCUGUGCCUCGGGAAUGGAAAAGUCUAAGAGAUAACGCAUACUUCAUUUUUGCUUCUGCUGGAGUGUUUAUAAUGAAAAGGUGUCUUUAAAAGUGCUGAAGAAGUGAGGGGAAGUAAUGAAAGAAAGGUGACGUGGCCAGUGAAAACAGCAAAAGGUCAUGGGAUGUGGCAUGGGAAAAUCAGAACUACAGCUGAAGAAAUGUGACAGAGUGAGCAUCUCAGCCCCAGGUGCUUGUUCACGGUUGCAAUCUCAACCCAAAUGUCAUGCACACUGUGAAGCUGCCACAGCAAUCAGAGCAGCUCUGUUGAUCCAGCGCUGGUACCGGCAGUAUGUCGCUCGGCUGGAGAUGAGACGCAGGUGCACGUGGAACAUCUUCCAGUCGAUCGAAUAUGCAGGAGAGCAAGAUCAGAUCAAGCUGUACAAUUUCUUUGGCUUCUUGAUGGACCACUUCACUCCAGCCAGCAGUGAAAGAAACCUAAUAUCUCACAUCUUUCGUGAGAAUGAAAUCUGCCGUGACAUUGAAUGGGAAAGAUAUUUUUGCUACAAGAGCAUUGAGGUACCCGAAAGCUACACCGGCCCCCAUCUGACCUUCCCCAUGACCUUCUGCGGAGUGUCAAAGCUCAUGGAAGCUUUCAAGCACAAACAACAGCUCCAUGCUCGAUAUGUUCUGCAGAUUCUUGGAGAGACUUGGAGACUUCUAAGGAUUCUUCCAAACAUCAAUUAUGUCUCCGUCUGCCAUAACCAGGAAAUUACAAUUUGUGGAGACUUACACGGGCACCUUGAGGAUCUGCUGUUGAUAUUCUAUAAGAAUGGUUUGCCGUCUUCUGAGAAACCGUACGUCUUCAAUGGAGAUUUUGUGGACCGUGGUAAGAACUCAUUGGAGAUUCUGCUCAUCCUGUUUGGGUUCCUGCUGGUCUAUCCCAACGAUGUUCACCUGAACAGAGGGAACCACGAGGACCACAUUGUUAACCUGAGAUAUGGCUUCACUAAAGAAAUUUUGGGAAAAUACAGGGUGCAUGGCAAGAAGAUCCUAAAACUUCUCCAAAAGAUCUUCAGCUGGCUGCCUCUGGCCACAGUGAUCGAUCACAAGGUUCUGAUUGUUCAUGGAGGGAUCUCCGACAUGACAGACCUUAAUGUGAUAGAAAGAGUGGACAGACACAGAUAUGUGUCGGCUCUCAGGCCUACUAAGAUGAGCCAACAAGCCGUCAAUGGCAGCAAGAGUCAGAACAGCAGGAAUGGAGAGGCUGGCGGACCAGUGGAAGGUCGGCGUCGAGUGUACUCUCUGACUCACCACAGCCCAGCCUCGGCUCAGAGACACAAUCCCCCACGGCGCUCCCUCCACAAUCUGCCUAUCAGCAAUCAGCUGAGCUGGUCGCUGGAAGAUGAGCUGAAGAGGAGACGCAGGUUGGCUGGGUUUGAUCAGUCCUACGGAGAAAUGAAUAAGUCAGAGUCUGACUCAGACUCAGAGCCUGCAGGAACAGAGACAGAUGAGCAAGAAUGGAAACAAAUAGUAGACCUGUUAUGGAGUGACCCAAUGCCUCAAAAUGGCUGCAUCCCCAACGAGGUGCGAGGUGGAGGCUGCUACUGGGGACCAGAUGUCACUGAGGAGGUGCUGGAAAGACACAACCUCCAGCUCCUCAUCCGAUCCCAUGAGUGCAAACAGGAUGGCUAUGAGUUCUGCCACAACCGCAGGGUGCUGACUAUAUUUUCAGCGUCUAACUACUAUGAGGUUGGCAGCAAUAGAGGAGCCUACAUCAGAAUGGGCCCUGAUCUGGUCCCUCACUUCAUCCAGUAUCAGGCCAGCAGGACGUGCAGGGAGCUCACCCUGACACAAAGUGUCGGGUGGACAGAAAGAUCAGCUCUACGAGCUCUGAGAGAACAACUCUUUGUACACAAGUCAGAUCUCAUCAGUGCCUUCCAGGAGUUUGAUCCCAACAAUACAGGGAUGAUCUCUCUCAGGCACUGGGCCAGUGCCACAGAGACUGUACUGAAUCUGGGUCUGCCUUGGAGGAUGUUGCGCCCUCAGCUAGUCAACAGCACCAAGUACGGCAUGGUGGACUACCAGCAGUGGAUAAGGGAGCUCUCCAUCACUGAGCCCAAACUAGAGAUUUCUGAUACCAGUAUCCUAGAGACUAUGUACAAAAACCACUCCAACCUGGAAACCAUCUUCCGAAUCAUAGACACAGAUCACUCAGGUUCAAUCUCUUUCGAGGAAUUCCGUCAGACCUGGAAGCUCCUGAGCUCUCAUCUCCAGACAGAGAUCAGUGAUGAGGCCAUCGCAGACCUGGCUCAGAGCAUCGACUUCAACAAGGACGGCAGCAUCGAUAUUAAUGAGUUCAUGGAGGCUUUCCGACUGGUGGACCUCUCUGCACAUACCUGACAGUCUGGACCAAGAGCUGUAGCUGCACCAUUUUAGAUUUUCCUGAUGAUCUGCGGCAUAGAAAACACAAAGAACCACCUUGGGUGGACUUUAUCACCUAUAAACACAUUUGAGGAAGCUUGAAUGGUUACUAGCACUUCAUCAUAUGACGUAGGUAGGUUAACUGAGUGCAUUAUUUGUCCAGAUGCACCAUAGAUGUUGUCUAUCUCCUAGGGUGUGUUUUUUAGCUCUUUUUUUUUAUCCUUUGUAUCUUUUGUAUUACCUGUUUAGUUGGUGAAUAAAAACAUUUGUGCUCA